GUUGUGUAUGUAUAUGUCUGAGGUCUAAGUUUUAAAACUUCCAGGUGAUUUUUUUUUUUUUUACAAACUAACUCGAGUGCUUCACACCAAGCCUAGAACACACCGGAGCCCUGGAUAAACGGAGUUUGUCUCUCCACACCAAUUGCUCUGCUCCUCCUGUGACUCGGUUCUAACUUUCCGGGACAAAAUGGCCCACUGUCAUCAGUCUGUAAACAGCUUGUAGUUUGGGAGGACUGCUCCCUGCUCCGGCGGCCGCCGCCAUGGGGCUGCGGUGUUCUCGGAGCGGCAGCAGCUUUUCUCUUCACCCAGAGAGACGGACAGAGGGCCGGUUCACAGAGCACACAGAGUCCGAUAACGACUCUCUGGACGGGCUCGACAGGCGAGACGAUAUCGCCCAGUUUCCAUACGUAGAGUUCACCGGCAGAGACAGCAUAACCUGCCCCACCUGCCAGGGCACCGGCCGGAUACCUUCAGAACAAGUGAAUGAGCUGGUGGCGCUGAUCCCCUACAGCGACCAAAGGCUGCAGCCGCAAAGGACGAAACUGUAUGUUGUCCUUUCGGUGGUGCUCUGUCUACUGGCCUCUUCGCUUGUUGCCUUCUUCCUCUUCCCCCGCUCCGUGGUGGUGGUGGAUGCUGGAGUUCGCACAGUGACCGUGCGCUUUAAUCACUCCAGUGCCAAAGUCCUAAUGAACAUGACGAGCACGCUGAAUUUCAGCAACCCAAACUUCUUCUCCGUGCUUGUGCAGAGCGUGAGCUGCCAGGUCCUCUACAUGAAGACAGUGAUUGGGACUCAGCAGCUGGACAACGCCACCACCAUCCAGCCUCUCAGUCACAGCCAGGUGAACUAUACAGUCAGCGUGGAGAUUGGAACUAGUGCACCUUAUGUCUAUCUCUUCUGCACAAUGCCCAGCAUCAAGGUCCACAACAUUGUCGUAUUUAUACAAACCUCAGUGAAAACCUCAUACAUGGUGCGGACAUCCCAGAACAGCCUUGAGGCAUACCGCUACAUAGACUGUGGCUCCAAUACUUCUUACCCCUGGACUCAGCAGCAGCACAAGCACGUCACUGCAAGCCCCUCUCUGCUGUAAGGGCGGGCAGAGGGGUUCCGCGAAGGCAGGAAAAUCAACUCUAGAUCCAGAAAUCUGCAACCAAAAAAUCCCUUUAAAAGAAGCGGUUUGGUUGUUCUGUUCUGAAUGGCCAAGUGAACAUAUUAUUUCAUUUCUGAUAAAUAUUAAUUGCUUUUAGUGCCUUCUUCUAUGUCUUGGGUGGGAGUUUUCUCUUUCUACACUUUCAGUUAAGCUAAGUAUCACAAAUGCCAGUCCAGAAAGAGGUUUUGUUCAUUCAGAGGCACAGGGGCUCACAUGAUGACAGCGGAGCGAAAAACUCAGUGAUUCACUUCCAGCCCGUCUCCUCAUUUAGGUACAACAGAAAGCUCUUUUCUUUAGUGGAAAAUUGUCGAAGUUCUCAGACAGAUACCUAAAAGUUUUUGUGGAAGGAAUUUGCACUGCUGAUGUUGUAAACUUAUUUCCUAACACUGUGUUGAAUGAUUCCUGCUGACUUCUUUCUUCAGGAAUAGUUAAUAAAAAAAAAGAAAAAAAAAAAACGGGAAUUGAUGUUUGUACUUGUCCUUGCUUUCCAAUUGAAAACGGCUGUUGAAUAAUUUUAACUACCGUAAUGUAAUUGACCUCUGUAUAUCCGUGCACCUUGAUUUUUAUAGAUUCAGAGAGCUAGUGUUUAUGGACUUUUGUUUAAACAUAAAAUGUAUAUAAAGGUUCUUGAUCAGUGAUUUUCCAGAAAAACACAAAUUUGUUUUUUUUUUUUUGUUUUUCACAUUUAUUUUUCUCUGUCCUUCAAUUAUACGGGUGCCUGGAAAUUGUUUCUCACAUGUUAGCUCAUUUUUCCAUUUGGUUUUCAAACUGAAGACACAUAUGGUCAGCAAUAAGACUAUUACACUUUUUUUAAGGGGCUUUUGUCAAUUGCUGAAAUCUGGUGAUUGUUGUAAGGGAGGAAUUUUUCAUUUUUUUGGAAUGUUAUUUAAUGAAAAGCUUGAAAGGAAUGGUGAAUAAAUUAAAGCUCAACUGUUUUCCAAA